GGGUACGAUAUACUGAGACAAGCAGACAAAUCUCUGCACCGCGUUUAUAGGUCAUCAACGUGAUCUUCUGCAUAUGCUAUGCUUUUUUCUUCCCAGCUUCGUUUGCCCAUUUCUUCUUUGUCCCUCUUUAUAUAAUGCACCAUUGAAGCUCUGUGUUUCUUCCAUCUUAAACCCAUUCUGAGACUGAGACCUAUCUUACCUUGCUUUCCUGUGUGGAUAUGGCGGUGUUGCUCCCUCUUUUGCUUGCAUCCUUGCUCCUCACUGGUCCUGCUUUUGCAGCUACCUAUUUAGAGGGGCUUCUCCCAAAUGGAAACUUUGAAGAACCACCCAAUCCAUCCACCCUCCACAAAACAGUCAUCCAGGGAAAGUACUCAUUACCCAAAUGGGAAAUCAAUGGCCUGGUCGAGUACAUAUCCGGCGGGCCGCAACCAGGCGGCAUGUAUUUCCCGGUUGUACAUGGCGUCCACGCCGUAAGGCUGGGCAAUGAGGCCUCAAUCUCUCAAACCAUACCAGUUAAACCAGGCUCUCUCUAUUCCCUCACAUUCGGCUCUUCGAGGACAUGUGCCCAAGAUGAAGUGUUGAGGGUCUCUGUUCCUCCUCUGUCAGGAGAUCUCCCACUCCAAACACUCUACAGCAGCAAUGGAGGUGAUACUUACGCUUGGGCCUUCAGACCCACCUCUAACUUUGCCAAGGUGAUAUUCCACAACCUAGGGGUUCAGGAAGAUCCUGCCUGUGGGCCUCUCUUGGAUGCAGUCGCCAUUAAAGAGCUGCUUCCUCCCAUGCCCACGAGAGAUAACUUGGUCAGGAAUGGCGGUUUUGAAGAGGGUCCUCAUUUGCUGAAGAACUCCACCAAUGGAGUCCUGCUCCCACCUAAACAGGAGGAUGCCACAUCCCCACUUCCAGGGUGGAUCAUCGAAUCCCUGAAAGCUGUGAAAUUCAUAGACUCAGCUCACUUCAACGUACCAUAUGGAUCUGCAGCAGUAGAGCUUGUUGCAGGGAAGGAAAGUGCCAUCGCCCAAGUCAUAAGAACAGUCCCCAACAAGCUAUACAAUCUCACAUUCACGGUUGGGGAUGCAAGAAACGGAUGCCAUGGGUCCAUGUCGGUUGAAGCUUUUGCAGGAGCAGAGACCUUGAAGGUGCCCUUUGAAUCCAAGGGGAAAGGUGGCUUCAAGGCUGUUAGUUUCAAAUUCAAGGCAGUUGGAGCCAGGACAAGGAUUACAUUCUUCAGUUCAUUUUACCACACAAGGGUUGAUGACUAUGGGUCCCUUUGUGGGCCUAUACUUGAUCAGGUCAGGGUUUUCCCUGUUAUAUAUUAGCUGAACUGAAUCAUACACCAGUGAUUCUGGCUAGUAGGGUUAUUACUGCAAGGGUUAUUUGAUCAUUCCUCUGUAAAUUUGGCCGUUUAAUACUUUUUUGGGGUUUCAGAACUUUGGAUACUAAAGAGAGGCUUGUAAGAAUAUAUGAAAUUUAGCGAGGGUUCUGAUAUUGUGAGAGCUAUGCUAUGAAAUGUAAUGAAAAUGAUAGGAAAUGAAUUGGAAUCUCUUCCUUAAUCCCAAA